GGGGAGGCAGAGGUGGAGGCGGAGUGCAGCCUGUUGGGACGGACUGUGGCAGACAGAGGACGCAGCUGUCACAUGCUGGUUGAGCGGUGCCUCAAAGCUGACCUAUACGACGAGGAAUUAAGCAGAUGAACAUAUUUCGUAAAAUGGGAUCUGAUUUUUCCUGAAAAAAACAGUUUGUGUUAAAAGUAACAAGCUUUUAAAGUUGAGGUUCGCGCAAACACACCGUUUGGACUGGAAGACGUUCGGUCGCGUAAGUAACGUUACCAGUUGCCGGGGAGACGGUAGUUAAGCGGAGAAAGCAACGACGGCCCACUGUAAAAUAAGUACAGCCAAUCAUUUAUAAACCGUCGCAGGAGAAUAAAUUCAACAGGGCAAUUAAAUCCCUUGGAACCGAAGAAGACAUCGUAAGAAGGCAAGGAUCAAAGCAGCAUGGUUACCACAAAGGGAGCAGGUCUGAAUCCCAAUGCUAAAGUGUGGCAGGAGGUCCCUGUCCACCAGAAUGACAUCCCAGAGGGGACAGAGGAUUCUCCUUGGCUGCAGACCUACCCUCCUCCCACUGAGAUGACCAACGGUUACUCAGACGUUCCGUCUGCAGGGUGUAAAGGACAGAACACUGAAUAUCCUGACAGUGCUGCUGACUAUGCCCCUGUACCCACAGAGGACAUUGUGAAUGGCAUCAACCACCCUGACUUGGGGUAUCUUGUCUUUGACCCACAAAGCGAAUCAGCCACAGAUGAUGAUGUUUCUAAGGAUCAACCAAUGUCGGAGGAGAGCCUAAGAGACUCUUUGAAGAAACAGCUUGAGUUCUGCUUCUCUAGGGAGAACCUCUCCAAGGACCUGUACCUGAUAUCCCAGAUGGACAGUGAUCAGUUUGUUCCGAUCUGGACCAUUGCUUGCAUGGAGGACAUCAAAGCCCUCACCACUGACAUGGACCUCAUUCUGGAUGUACUACGAGCCUCUCCCAUGGUGCAAGUUGAUGAAACUGGAGAGAAGGUCCGGCCAAAUCACAGUCGCUGUAUCAUUAUUCUGAGAGAGGUGCCAGAGACUACACCAGUUGAGGAGGUGGAGGCUCUUUUUAAGAGUGAAAACUGUCCAAAAGUGUUAUGUGCUGAGUUUGCACACAACAGCAACUGGUACAUAACAUUUCAGUCAGAUAUGGAUGCACAACAGGCUUACAGAUACUUAAGAGAAGAAGUGAAGAUGUUCCAGGGAAAACCAAUCAUGGCCCGCAUUAAGGCCAUUAACACAUUCUUUGGUAAGAAUGGCUUCCGCAGUGUGGACUCAAGUGUGUACAGUCAGCAUGCCCAACCACAGGCCCAGUAUGGUUCCCCUGUCUACAUGCAACAGAUGUACAGCCCUCAGCAGCAGUACCCAGUUUAUCCUGUGGUGUCUCCCUCCUGGAACCCUUCAGUCAUGCCUUACUUUGAAACACCACUGGCACCAUUCCCUAAUGGUGGCUUCAUGAAUGGAUACAGCAGCGCUGGGAACUACAAAGCAAACUCAAGCUCCAACACCCAUCGACCCAUGAGCAGGAACCGAAAUCACGUGAAGGGUCACCACAGGCCAGUUGACGUGCCCCCUCAUUCUCCUCCUUCUUCUUUGGCUCUGGGGGCCCUGAUGGAUGGCCUGUGUGGUCCUUUGACUCCACACCACCUCCAGUUAUCGGGGACACCAAGUGGCACCACUUCAGAGCCAGUCUCUUUGCCCUCCUUCAGUCUUAAAGAAGCUUCUCUACAGGCCACCAUAUCCAGUGGAGAUCUGAGUGGGGGUGGACGGGGCAGGAGAGGUGGCCACAGAGGCAUGAGGAGGAAAAGAGAAGAUGAACAUACCAUGCGUCCUAUCCCUUUGAUGGAGGCCAAGGUAUCACCUCCACCGAAGUUUGACCUGGCAGCUUCCAAUUUUCCUCCUUUACCGGGAUCUGUGGUCAGUAUGCGGGGAGAAACCACGCCAGAGAUGCGCCUCUCUGAUGUUGUACGUGGCCUAAAGGUGACCAACAAGUCUGUGAGCCAAGAAGUUACUGAGACCCGAAACACAACCAUCUCAGAAGAUCCUGUGAGCGUACCAGAUUCUGUGGCCCCUGCUGUUAAACCUACUCCUGUGACACCACAAACGGUGGCACCCACCUCAAGUGUUUCUCCUUCAGUAAAGGAAGAGGAUAAAGCUGAACAUACCAUUCCAGAAGAAACAAGGUCCUUGUCAACACAGUCUGUUUCUGCAGCAGCAUCAGAACAUGCCCCCUCCACCUGCAGCCAGUCUGUCUCCACAGAAGCACCUUCUCCAUCUCCCCCAACUCCAACAUCAGAUCUAGGGCCUAGAAAGCUCAGCUAUGCAGAGGUGUGCCAGAAGAUGGCCAAGGACCCGCCACCAGCACAGCCGCCCUCUCCCUCCCCUCCUGCCCCCUCAGCUAGCCAGCCCCUGCAAGAGCUCAAGGUCAACAGGGUUGAAGAACCUUUGCCCAACUCCAGGCGCACAACAGACAAAUCGGAGAAAGCUGGAGACAGCAGGCCACCUCGUCAACCAUUACGCUCCUUCAGAGGGUCGAAUGGCCAAGCCAGAGUUGGAGGUGCAGGGCUAAAGAUUCGGGAGCAUCAGAGAGGCCUGAAUGCUGGCAAACAGUUUUCUCCACAGCGGGGCGCCAGACGCAGUGGCAAGGAACAGAACAUUCCCCCAAGGUCACCAAAGUAACUAAAGAAAAAUCUUUUAAACAUUAACUAAAACAGAAAUAAAACAAAUAUAUAUGUAAAUAUAUAAUAUAUGUAAAUAGAGAGAUGAAUAUAUUUCAUUUGACAGACUGUCAAAGAAUCUCUAAGCAUUGUUGGAGACCUGAAAUUAUUUGAAGACUCAUAAGUAGAUAUUCCUUUUAGGAAAAUGCAUAUAGUCUGCUGACAGAAAUGCAGAUUCUUGGGGUGAUAAAACAUACUUAAAGUAAUAUCACCAUAAACAGGCUAAACCUUGUGCGUGUGUGUGUUUGAGAGCAAGAACGAGUGAUAUAGUAUCCUUUAAAAUAUAUGGUGUUCUAACAUUUAAUACGCUUUGUCAAAUGCAAAAUGACAAUAAGGCAUAUCUGAUUUCUGUCUGAGUGGUUAUUGUUUGCAUGUGAUUCAUCUUAAGCUUUUCAUCAAAUUUGCUUUGGAUAUACAGUAUGAUUAUUUAUGAAAUGGAGGAUGUUGCGUCCACGAUAGAAUAAUAGAAGCAGUGGGGUGUGUGAUUCACUACAGAGGGUUUAAAUUUUGAUGCGUAGCAGUGUUUGAAGAAAUUCUCAUGAUUGUGAAAUCUUGCUCUAUAAACUGGUGAAAUACUAAAUUACAUUGAUUCAAAACA